AUGGCUGUCAGACUAGCUAAAGCUUCUGAUCUUGCCGCCACCUGGCGCAUUGCCUUCCGCAGCUUCAGCCUAUCUCCAUGGAACGCAUUCUACCGCCCUUUUGCCUCCGCAUACCCCCAAGAGGCUCUAGGCGACCAAAGCAAGCUUUUCACCGUCGUCGAAAUCCAGACUGAGGCCCAGGACGCCAAGCAGACCGUAGUGUUGAUCCUCAUCGAGCCAGCAUCCUCUUCAGCGCCACAGAAAGCGCAGUUCAAAGGUGAGGCCUCUCACACCACUGUCGCGACAUCAACGAAGCGAAGCCAGCUGACACUUCCUACCAUGGGUAUCUGGGUGGUCACGUGGAGCUCUACAGCAUGGCAAUCGAACCCGACCACUUCCACAAAGGCUACGGGACUCUGCUUUGUCUCCGCGGCAUAUGACCGUACUGGCGAAAAUGCCAAUGUUGACUUCUGGGUGCAAGAAUGGAACGUGAAGGAUAACUAA